AAGGAAGUCUGGGCCUCCCUGCUUAGGCUGCAGUCCCCACGACCUGACUCUAGAUAUGCAGCUGAAAACGGCUGCUGGAUGGAUUAAAAAUGAAUAAAAAGGUUGAGAUGUGGUUCUUAUCUGUUUUGCUUUGGGCCCCAAAAGGACUAAGUCCGCCUCUGCAGGGAGGAAGCGCUUCAGGACCGAGCUAGCGGAGAACGCUGCUGCUGGUCUGAGAUCAGUGAGCUCAUUCUGGCUGCUGGGAGAGGAGGGCGGGGCUCCCAGUAUCAUCAUCACCACCGGCCAUCACCGCUUCAUUGUACAAGCUGCUGCUGCUCAUCCAGACAUACGGUUGAAAAAUAAAACCCAAGCCACGAAAACACCAUGGGCAGAAGGCCGCUGGGAUCCAUCAGGAGCUCGAGUGUUUAACCGGAGAAGGAUGAGGAGGAGGACCUGGAAAUCCUGGGAGCACCUUGGAAAAUUUUCAUGAAGUCUCAAUGAAAGCAUUAGAAGAGCUUCUCUAGUUGUUCAAACUAUGGCUAAGAAAAGCCGGACGAAGGGCGAGAAGCCCGAAGCGCUCAUUUCUGCCUUACAGGCAGCCAACGAAGAUCUCAGGUCCAAACUGACUGACAUUCAGAUCGAGCUGCACCAAGAAAAAUGCAAGGUGAGCAAGCUGGAGCGCGACAAGGUGCAGGAGGUGAAGCGGGCGCGAGAGCAGGAGCAGCAUCGCCACACCGCCAUGCUAACGGAGCAGCGGGCCAAGUGGCACGAGGAGAAGCAGAAGGAGCUGCAGACACUCAGGGAAAACCUGACCCGGCAGCAUGAGCAGGAGCUGGCCCGUCACGCCAAGAUCAAAGACCAGGAGAACCAGAGGCUCAAAGCUGCUCUGAACGCCAUGAGAGACGGUAGUGGAGAGAAGGUGCGCACAGCGCUGACUCUUGAAGCCAAAGAGGAGGCGAGGCGCUUCUUUGACCAGGAGAGAGUGAGGCUCCUGCAGGAGAUUGGAGAGCUGAAGGCUGCCAAGAAGCAGACUGACGAGGCUCUGAGCAACAUGAUCCAGGCGGACAAGAUGAAGGCCGGAGACCUGCGGGUGGAACACCAGCAGCAUCAGGAGCAGAUCUCUAAGAUCAAGUGGGACUGUGAGAGGGACAUCCGCCGACUGGUCGAUGAAAUCAAAUCUAAAGACCGCACCAUUUUUGCUUUGGAGAAAGAAAUGGAGUCAACAGCCGGCUGCUUACAGAAGCUUCAGCUUCAGAAGGAUGCUUUGGAUGAGCAACUGUUCCUCGUCAAGGAGGCCGAGUGCGGCCUGGGAAGCCCGAAACGAGAGAUACCGGGCCGGGCCGGAGAUGGAGCAGAACAAUGUGGAAGCCCUGACCUGAGGAGAAAUCAGAGGCGUGUGGCUGAACUCAACUCAACCAUUCGCAAGCUGGAGGAUCGGAACUCGCUGCUGGUUGAUGAGAGAAACGAGUUGCUUAAGCGAGUUCGAGAGUCAGAAAAGCAGUGUAAGCCCCUGCUGGAUAAGAACAAGCUGCUGAAUAAGAGGAAUGAUGAUUUGACCCAGACCAUUCAGAAAAUGGAGGAGAAACUGAAGAGCCUGAUGAAGGAGAACUUUGAAAUGAAGGAGAGAAUAAGUUCCCAUCCUCCUCUGAAGAAGUUAAAGUCCCUGAAUGAUCUGGACCAAGCCCAGGAUGACCAGGAAAUAGCUUUUCUCAAACUUCAAGUCUUGGAGCAACAGAACAUAAUCGACGAACUGACGAGGGACCGUGAAAAAUUACUACGGAAGAAAAGGCAUAAAAGAAGUUCAAGGCCAAUAAAGAGGCACGUUGUAGUAGACACCUUCUUUGGGUACGAUGAAGAGUCAAUGGACUCUGAGACAUCCUCAGUGGCUUCAUUUCGCAUGGACCGAACCCCGGCCACUCCUGAUGAGGACCUUGGUGAGGGUCUUGCCAAUGAGGAAUCGGAGUUACGUUUCCGUCAGCUGACCCGGGAGUAUCAGGCGCUGCAGCGAGCCUACGCCCUGCUGCAGGAACAGAAGGGAGGCAUACUGGAUGCUGAGAUGACUGCCAAGGCUCAAGAGCAGAUUCAGGCUGAUGUUCUCAGGUAUAAAGCAAAAAUUGAGGACUUGGAGAAGGAGCUCACUUUGAAGGGACAGGACUCCAAAUGGGUUGAAGAAAAACAGCUCUUCUUGCGAAGAAACCAGGAAUUGUUAGAAAGGGUGGAAAAGUUGGAGUCAGAGUGCAGUCGGCUUCAGCAGGAGCUUCAAGACUCCAGGGACCAAAACGAGUUGUUGGAGUUUAGGAUUCUGGAGCUGGAGGAGCGUGAACGAAGGUCGCCCCCGUUCAACCAUUUGAGGAUGCAUCCAUUCGCUGAGGGAGUCAGUGCUCUGCAGAUCUACUGUAUGAAGGAAGGGGUCAAGGACGUGUGCAUACCAGACCUCAUCAAACUGCUGGACAUCCUUGGAGACAACGGGAACUUGAGGAACGAGGAACAAGUGGCUAUCAUUCAGGCUAGCACUGUGUUGUCUCUAGCAGAAAAGUGGAUUCAGCAGAUAGAAGGCACAGAGGCAGCUCUGCAUCAGAAGAUGAUGGACCUGGAGAUAGAGAUGGAGAUGUUCUGUAAGCAGAAAGGAUACCUAGAAGAAGAGCUAGACUACAGAAAACAGGCCCUGGAUCAGGCCUAUAUGCAAAUCCAGGAGUUGGAAGCAACGUUAUACAACGCUCUGCAGCAGGACAAAGUGAUAAAGUACGGUGAGCCCCUGAACGAGCUCCAGAGGGAUGAGCUGCGAAUGGCUGUGGAGAAGCUGAGGAGGCAGAUGCUGAGGAAGAGCAGAGAGUACGACUGCCAGAUUCUCCAGGAGAGGAUGGAGCUGCUGCACCAGGCCCACCAGAGAAUCCGCGAUCUUGAAGACAAAACAGAAAUCCAGAGGAGGCAAAUUAAAGACCUGGAGGAAAAGUUUCUCUUCCUAUUCUUGUUCUUUUCUCUUGCCUUCAUCCUUUGGCCUUGAAGUCUUUAGAGUGUCCUGCAGAGGUCUUACACGAGCUUGUGGACCCCGUGUGGGACUUUGGUGUUAUUUACGUGUUGGACAAGCUGAAACAGUCCGUGUAACAGUGACUGUGUCGUGACACCACUGACUCCUGGUGGUGUUGGUGAAUUUGAUUUGAUCACACGUGAGACUUUACUUUCAUGGCUCUCGUUUCAAAUGGGCUAGAGCAUUUUCUGGAAUAAGAUGAAAAUAUAUUUGUUUUUCCUGCAGAGAAAGACGCUAUAAGAGCAGCUUAAAAAACAUGCACCCACACAAUUAUAUCGACACAUGUUUAUGAACACGCAUGCAUAUGCAACUGCAAAACAAACACGCUUUGACAACUAAAAACCAAAGCCUGGGAAAUGUUCUCUCUGCCAUGCAGAGACCAGCAUUCGGCCACAGUGGGAACAGAAACAGAAAUCUCAUGAACAAUGCGGAAGACAGCUGCAGCCUUUCACACUUUUACAUCAAAUUCCUUUGCCAUCCAAAUCUGUGAGAACGUUUUUCUACGAAUGCAACCUCUCGGCGAGUAAAAAACAUGCUGACUCAGGGCCCACGCGCGCAGUAGCUGUCGGACUGGUGCUGACCUCAAGUCAGAUAACAAUAACAAACACUCGGGACGCAGCGUCCCACCCCACCUGCCGUCACUGCUCUCAGAAUGGUGCUGACACACACCGCUUGUGCUCUCCAGCUAUCUGGGAAACGACGUGUGUACAGACGCUAAAGAGGGAUCAGGGACACUCAGGUUGAUGCGUCAUCACUGGACUCAGUAAAAGGAGAUGGAAAAAGUGGAAUGACAUCCUCUGAUCCAGCUCCGUUUGGAUCCCCACAGGAAGAAAACUACAUAUUGCUGAACUGCUUUCAUGAUGUUUGAAAAGCCAGCAGACUUUAGCAGCGGCCCUCUGGUUGUCUUUUUUACUGUCUCCCACCAGGAUUUCCAGAGGGAGGUGAAAACUAUAAUUUGUUGUAAUAUAUGCAUUGUGAAUAUGUACAUGAGUGUGGAUUAUCUCUUGUAGUUUCUCUUAUGAUUUUUUUUUUGUGAAUAGGACUUUUUUUUACUCUCUGAAGCAGCUUGAACAGUUAUUGUACUUAGCGGUUUAUAAAUUGCUUGUUUCAUUGUGGUGAUAGCUGCAAAGAGGAGCUUUAUUCCCUUGAAAGUUUAUAAAUGAGAAAGUGUUGGAAAACGACUGUGGUUAAAAAAAGAAAGAAAUGUUUGCCCCUACUGACUUUUUUCCCCUUUUUACCACAAAAACUACUGGAUUUAUGAUUCAGUGUUCUAAAGUGUGUUGCAUUGCUGCUACGCUGCAGUGGAUGCUACAAUCUAAGAAAAGAAAUGUUGAAUUUACCAAGUUAUGUGAACUGGUUUCACUGAACCUAGCUGCGUAUGGAUAUGGAUACAUACUACCUUUUACAUUGAAAGCAGAAAUCUGGAGUUUUUUUCUCAGCGGGCACCAUCUAUGGGCGGAAAACAUGUAUUGCACCUUCAAGCACCCCCCACCCCCCCCCCCACACCCCCACUGUGAUUAAUGGAAGCAACGCCUCUUCCUGACCUCCUGCACAACGUUUUACAGUUAUUAUCGUUACGUUACACUGUUGAUUCACAAAAUCACAAUUUUUAAAAGAGUUACUAGUUUAAGAAAUUUCACCAACUCUGUAUCAAUCUUAGUACUUUUGCAAAGGCGUGCAUGCUCUGUGAUAGAUAUUUGUACGUGAGUGGAUGUUUAAGGCUAUUGAAAAAGCCCAAGUCGAAAUCGUCCAAAGUUGACGCCAAAACUGUUUCAAAUGAGCUCCAUUCUUGAGCCAACACCAUCUUUGUAGUUUAUCCCCAUUGCAGCUCUGGUUCUAGGCCUGCCCAAUGUCAGUCUACAUGCAUAGGGCGCUGUGAUUGGCUAGGCCUAAAAUAAGCCAAUGGUUGAUCUGCUGAAGCUACAAUAGAGCAUGGCUAGACCAACCUUCAGAGCUUUUGCAACUGCUAUGGUUUGUUUAGCUGGCUAGUUCAUAAUUCCUGAAACGGAGAACACUCAGGAUUGCUGGAAACAGUUGAUGUAACUUGGUUGAGAAAACAUCACUUCAACAUUUCAUUUCUGUGUGGUUUUCAAAACUGUAAAUAUUUCUAUAAUCAUUUGAAAUUUUGUGCAUCCAGUCUGUUGGAUUCAAAUCUUACAGCUAAUGUCCUAAAGAGUAUCAAAUUAAUUCCAAAUAAUAGACUAAAACUAACCCACAGCCUUCAAAUCUAGCAGGUUUUUAUUUCUCUUUUUCUAACCAAAACCUCUUUGAUACUUACUUUUACUAAACUGUACCGGCUACAUAAGGGUCCAUUUCAAUAGAGUGAAACAGGAGAAAGUGAAUGCAAUGCUCCACCUGCUCCACUUCUUGUCCAUUAAGCAAGCUCCGAGCCCAGAGAAUGAAAUAUUUACCAGCUUGUUCUCUGUAAAGUCGAGCAUCAGUAAAGGAAUCUGCCAUCAUUCUGACCCCAUUCAUAUACUCAGGCUCUAAGUGGGAUCUCAUUACACUGCUCUCAGUUACUACAACUACUCCAUUCACUUUGCUUUAUCAAGGAAAAUGCCUGUUAUCAGAGUUACUAUGCAGAGUUUGUACUUUGCUGCUAACAGGCAGUUUAUUUAGUUAAAAAAUGUCCUUAGUCUUAAUUAAAGGUCCAGUCAGUAAGGGUUUUAAAGUGAAAUAAUCACAAAUAAGUCUAACGUCCCAAUCAUGUUGGAAGGAAGGGUCUAUUGCAGGGAUAUUCAAUUCCGGGUCUGGAGGACCAGUAUCCAGCACGUUUUUGUUUUAACUCUGUUUCAACACACCUAAUUUAAAUCAGCAGGUGCUGCACAGGUGACUCAACCACUGAAUAAAGUGUGUUGGAGCAGAAAAACCACUAAAACGUGCUGGAUACCGGCCCUCCAGGCCCAGAAUAGAACACUGCUGCAUGGCCUAUUGCAACAGAUUUCAUUCUCAGUUGGCCGAAGAAGGAUGUAGCUUUUAGCACAGUCCCAAUACUCACACUGCAGCCUACGGCCCUCUACGAAGUGCACUUGGUGGAAGUUCAUGUAAGGCUUUGAUUGUGUAGUAAAAAAGUGUGCACAUAAUUGCAGAAUUGAGAUGGUGAGCAAUGCUUCAUUGACCUGUGCACUGUGUUGUAUCUUGGUGACUCUCAAAUGGGGAUGCCAGUUGCUAUUUGAGCUAAUUUGCUGCCGGAAAUGAUAUUGCAACAAGGAAAUACCCACCAGUACCAUUAUCAGUUAUUAUGUGCCAACAGAUACGUAAUGCAUAUUUUUAACAGAGAAACUUUUGAUCAUAGACAAUAAUUCAAUAUUCAGGAAUUCAGUACAAUAGUAACCUAAACUCCAAAAUAUAUUUUCAAAAAGGGCAUCUGAGCUGUUUAUCCACUUUCUCAAAUUUCCCACACAGCAAUGGAUUGUGGGUAAUACCCUUCGCCGAAGUCUGCACCGAUGAGGACCUUGGCGAAGUGCAGAUCAAGGGUGCAAAAAGAGCAAUUAAGGGGUGCAAAGGUGAAAGUGUGAGUAUUGGAAUAGGGCGUAUGUUUAAAAUCUGUACCACCUCCAUACUUCCUGGUUCCACAGCCAAUCACACGUGAGCCAAGUUUUAGCCGACAAACGCUGCUGCGCCUGCAUUUGUAAUCCGACACGCGGAUAGCAAACAGCAGCAUCAUUGUAGAAAGAAUGUUAGCCAUUAAAAGACGUGGCCCAGAAGUUAUUACCUGUAACCCUAAGAAGCCACUGCAUCUUUCUUGUUUUACUCUAAUAUUGGGCAAAGAAGACUAGAGGCUAACGUUGAGCUAAUAAUGGUAAUGAUGAAUUAGAUAAAAGUUGGCUUUACAGUGAAAUGUAUGAAUCUACUUAUCAACCUAUUGUGUCUGACCCAACUUCAUUUGCCAUCUAGAAUCUUCUGGCCUUAAUCCGUACCUGGCAACCACCAUGAAAAUCACAAAGGAGGUUGGAGGGUGGGUUUCACCAAAACUUGUUUGUUCUGAUUCAUCAACUGCAGUACCCACAUGUGACCACAAGAAGUCAUUCUCUCCUAAUGCACCUUUAAAUGUGCCACAUAUAAAUGUAGGAUAACGUUGCAAUCCUCUCAGUAACUAAAUGCCACAUUUUUCACUCCAUAGCAUGCUAACAUGCUAACAAGACCUUGAUGUAUUUUCUCUUUUAUCUCCAUGAUCUCUAUGAUUGUGUGUCACAAAUAUACAUCACAUGAUUUAUUUUCAAAUUCAGAACCAAUGAUUUGUUUGUCUUCCAUUAAUAAAACCCCACAUUAUUUUAUUUUAGGUUUUUUAGUAAGCAGAAAAAAUGGAAUAAAAACCUUUGAAGAUUUUUAGGGAAAGAAUCAUGACAUGUGACUAGUGCAUCUAAUGUUUCUGCUGUCUGUACAUUUUCUUUUUCUUGGAGAACAAGAGCAAAAAUAUGUUUAUUUGUAAUAUUUUCCAUAUAUAUAUAUAUUUAUAUAUAUAUACAUAAAUAUUUUUUCUUGUAUUACAAACUGCUAUGUAUUCCAGGAGGGUUAAAAAGUGAGGAUUUUUUUAAAAUAUUGUUUGUAUAAAUGAAUGUAUGUAUAUGUCUUAUUCACUUUGUUUUUCAGUAGUAAAUAUGAUUUUAUAAUUUGAACAUUUAUUUAUCGCUAUGGAAGCAAACUUAGCAUCAAGUUUGUUUUAAAAGCAAAAUCAUUUUCAUGCUACAUUAUUUUUUUCUUGAUUUUAUUCUGACUUAUUUUACAUUGCACUUUAUUGUCAAUCCCUAUUAUUGUCCAGUAGCUGUUAUAAUUUCGUGUCCUAGAAGACACACAUGAAGCUGUGGUUAACUGUUAUUUCCCACUCACUGUAACUCACUGUAACCAAUAGAAAAAAAUCUACUACAAUCAGCAUUAAUGAGUAUUUUAUCAUUAACAAUGAGGAAAACCUAAGUCUGCAUCACAAAACAACAUUUUAUGAGAUUUUAGUUUUCGCUGCCCUGCAGUUUGGUCAUGGAAAUGCUCCGAAUUAAACAAUUCCAAUAAGUUCCUCAGAAUAACAAUUGUUGGAUUUUUUUUAAGCCUAUUUAUAUUUAAUGAACUGUUUCUCCAGUUUCUGUUGUUGUCCGGCUCUCUGAAAGGAUGUUUGUCAUGACCGCUCUUCUAUCUGUUCUCCCUUCAUUACUCAUGCAGCGGUCUGUUAGACUGAAUAACUGCCUUCUACAACUACAAAAAGGGAAAUAAAGUUUGAAAUGAACAACAAAAA